UCCUCCCGCCGCUCGGUCCGCGAGUCCUCCAGAGCCACAGCCGGGAGGCAGCCGCGCGCAGCGAGCCGGUGGCGCAGGAGUGUGGGUCCCCGAGCGCCCAGCCCGGGAGCAUGAUCGUGGACAAGCUGCUGGACGACAGCCGCGGAGGAGAGGGGUUGCUGGACAGGGUUGGCGACGGUGGCCUCAUGACCAGCCCGCUGAACCUGGCCUAUUUCUACGGCGCAUCGCCGCCGGCCGCGGCCCCGGGCGCCUACGACGCCAGCUGCUCGUCGUCGGGGCCCUCGGCGCCCGGCUCGCCCGGCUCCGACUCCUCCGACUUCUCCUCCGCCUCGUCCGUGUCCUCCUGCGGGGCUGUGGAGUCCCGGCCGAGAGGCGGCGCGCGCGCGGAGCGGCUACAAGUCGAACCCCAUAUGGGGGUUGGAAGGCAGCAGAGAGGACCCUUUCAAGGUGUUCGUGUGAAGAACUCGGUGAAGGAACUACUCCUGCAUAUCCGAAGUCAUAAACAGAAGGCUUCUGGCCAAACUGUGGAUGAUUUUAAGACGGAAAGUGUGAACAGAGAGCAAUUCACAGAAUUGAAGAACACAGUACCAUAUAGUGGGAAAAGGAAAGGACCUGAUUCGUUGUCUGAUGGACCAGCUUGCAAAAGGCCAGCUUUAUUACAUACCCAGUUUUUGACACCGCCUCAAACACCAACACCUGCAGAGAGCAUGGAAGAUGUUCAGCACAGUGAAUCCAAACAGGACAGCAGUGCCGAUCUGCUUCAGAACAUAAUCAACAUUAAGAAUGAGUGCAGCCCGGUUUCCCUAAAUACUGUCCAAGUUAGCUGGAUGAGCCCUGGGGUGGUCCCGCAGGGCUCCCCCCGAGAACAGUGUCAGGACUUCCACAGAGGGCAGAUCUUCUCUCCACCGCAGAAGUACCAACCCUUCCAAGUCAGCAGCUCCGCACACCUGAUGGAUCAGGCGGCCCUGUACCAGUAUUCGCCCCAGAGCCAGAACCUGCAGCACCCCCCGCCACCACCACAGCACUACACCCACACCCCAGCUCUGGAAUACAGUCCUUAUUCCAGAACUUCCCAGUCCCCCAGCUAUGAACCAAACCUCUUUGAUGGCCAAGACCCACAGUUCUGCCCAGAUCAAAGUUUUGCAUCCUUUCUAAAUAGUCAGGCAUCUGAGAAUAUUGCUGGUCCCAUUCAGAACUCCCACAACGUUCAGCAGCAAAAUGAGUCCCAGCUGCAGAGCUUCAACAUGAUGCCGCCCAGUGCCUGUGAGGCUAUGGUGGGCCAUGAUGCAGGCUCCACCCCUUUAAGCACCUCACUGCCAUUCCCGAACAUCAUCGGAAAUCCAGUGAACACCACACAGUUAGGGAAGUCAUUUUUUCAGUGGCAGGUAGAGCAAGAAGAAAGCAAAUUGGCAAAUAUCUCCCAAGACCAGUUUCUUUCAAAGGAUACAGAUGGUGACACGUUCCUCCAUAUUGCUGUUGCCCAAGGGAGAAGGGCACUUUCCUAUGUCCUUGCAAGAAAAAUGAAUGCGCUUCACAUGUUGGAUAUUAAAGAGCACAAUGGACAGAGCGCCUUUCAGGUGGCAGUGGCCGCCAAUCAGCAUCUCAUUGUGCAGGAUCUGGUGAACCUUGGGGCCCAGGUGAACACCACCGACUGCUGGGGAAGAACCCCUCUGCACGUCUGUGCUGAGAAAGGGCACUCCCAGGUGCUCCAGGCAAUUCAGAAGGGAGCAGUGAAGAGCAAUCAGUUUUUGGAUCUUGAGGCGACUAACUAUGACGGCCUGACUCCCCUCCACUGUGCAGUUGUGGCCCACAAUGCUGUAGUGCAUGAACUUCAGAGAAAUCAACAGCCCCAUUCACCUGAAGUUCAGGAGCUUCUACUGAAGAACAAGAGUCUGGUUGACACCAUUAAAUGUCUGAUUCAGAUGGGAGCAGCAGUGGAAGCCAAGGAUCGUAAAAGUGGUCGCACAGCCUUGCAUUUGGCAGCGGAAGAAGCAAAUCUGGAACUCAUUCGCCUUUUUUUGGAGCUGCCCAGUUGCCUGUCUUUUGUGAAUGCAAAGGCUUACAAUGGAAACACUGCCCUCCAUGUUGCUGCCAGCCUUCAGUAUCGGGUGACACAGUUGGAUGCAGUUCGACUAUUGAUGAGGAAGGGAGCAGACCCAAGUACUCGGAACUUGGAGAAUGAACAGCCAGUGCAUUUGGUUCCUGAUGGCCCUGUGGGAGAACAGGUGAGGGCUACAGAAGGGAGAGGAGGCGGUGUAGGGCCGAGGCCAGCAGGCGCUCUUGAGGUGGGCUCUCUCACUGUCUGGGUCUCGUAACGUCUGUGUAGCAACCGUGGAGGCAAAUGCUUUGUUUCUAAAGGAAGAGUAAGAAAUUUGAGGGUUAUCCAUGGACCCAGAAUGGUCGAAGAUCCGACAGUCUUUUCUUCCAUAACACAAAGUUGGGUUUAGAGUAAAGUCAGAAUGGUUUGAGGUUUGAAAGCUGAUGCAAGAGGAGGCACCAAGGUUCCUGCAGACAUCAAGGAAAGAGACUCUUAGGUUUACAAGUGAUGGGUCUUCAGAUUGUGGGUGUAAUUUGAGUCCGUCUCUGUAGUGUUCAGGAUAGCCCCAGGGACAUAGUGAGUGCUCAGUAAGCAUUCCCUGUUCCACUUGUUUCUAUCUACUAACUGCUACUAAAUAGGAAACGGAAGGUUGGUUAUGUAAUUUAGAACCCAGAAAGACUUGAAACAAAGUUAUGCUUCACUCAUCAUAUGGUUAUAUAUUACCUUUGGAGAUUGAAUAGUUUCACAUGGCUCAACUUUUCUUAAUAACAAGAACUGAAUCUUUUCAGAACGUAAGGUAUUUUUUGAUGGCAGUCUUUCUCUGACGUAAAUGAGGGUGAUUGUGGCUACGGCAGGUCAUUGCAAACUUUGAUAAUCACAGAAUAUAUGAAAUGCAAUGUAGCCUUUUCUUUGAUUCACAGCCCUUAGUAGGACCAUAAUGUUACAGGAACCCCUAUACGUAGAGCUCUUUUUGUAACUUAAGGUGAAUCUCUUGAUAAUUUGUAAAGAGUUCUCAUGUUACAAAACUUUGCAGUGUAAAGGUUCAGCUGAGAAAAUGGAGCCUGAGAGGUUGCACAGAUGGGAAUCAUCAUCGAAUAGUAAAUGGCAGAGGCCCAAGCCCAGUGUUUGCUUCUCCUUCACUCUUUGUGGUGUGCAGUCAUACAGCAGUGUUCUCAGGGAUUACGGAGUAUGGAGAGCCACUUGACUCUUCACUCUUCUCUUGUUACUACUCUCCUUUCUGCUUUUGUGUUUUUGUGUCUGUGUGUUGGGGGGAGGGUUUUUUCCUUUGCUUCUGUGGUCAGACUCUGGUCAUUGUGUCUCCCCUCCUAGCAGCUAUCAGUGGCAUCCCCUGCCCUAAUCUUCUUUCUUCUGAUUUGUUGCUUUUAAUCUGCUGUGGGCCAGGAGAAAGAUAAUAGUAUAAAAUGAAUCGCUAGAUCCUGAGUGAACCGAGGAGCUCUUUUGUGACUCAUACAUUUAUGCACAGAUGCUUUACUUAUUUAUUUUUAAAGAUUUUAUUUAUUUACUUAGUGCGUGAGUGCACGCACACGAGUUAGCAGGGGGAGGGGCAGAAGGAGAGGGAGAGAGAGAGAAUCCCAAGCCCGAUGUGGGGCUCGAUCUCAC